GCAAAGAUUUACUGUGGAGAUCAAAGAAGCUCGCCUGGAUUUCCUCCUCUCUUGUUUGACAUGCUGCCUUUUGGAGACAAAACGAGUUUCCUUAUAAACAAAAGAAGGGGACGGGACGAUGCAGAGAGAGAAAGGUCUCCGGAGCUCCCGGUGGGGCUUGGGGGAGAGGUUAGCAGCUGAAAAAAAGUCUCCCGGCCUCCCCGAGCCGUCCUGUUGGUCGCCUCCGGGAUCGGCUCUUGGCUUGCUCGCUCCCCGCAUCUCUCGCUGUCUGCCGCUACUGCUGCUCUCGCCAUCGGCUGCUCCUCCUUCCCAGAUCACUUCGACGGGGAUGGAUGGGUUUUGAAUGAGUUUGCCGCGGCGGUGGCUCUCCGCAGGGGAUGGUGCGAGAGAUGGUCAAUGCAUGGUUUUCUGAGAGAGUUCAUACCAUACCAGUGUGCAAAGAGGGGACCAGACAGCACAGUGAAGCUUGUUCUUGUACCAGUCACCAGACUACACGGGCAGAGAGCACUAAUUCCACGCCACCAACCAGGAAGAUAUCUGCUUCUGAAUUUGACAGACCCCUUAGGCCCAUUGUUGUCAAGGAUUCUGUUGGAACAGUGAGUUUCUUGUUGGACUCUGAAAAGAAGGAGCAGAUGCCUCUCCAAUCCCAGACACUUGGGAAUGAUGCAGGGGAUCAGUGCUCAAGGCUCUUAGAAUUGGUGAAAGACAUUUCCAGUCACUUGGACGUCACAGCCCUUUGCCACAAAAUUUUCUUGCACAUCCAUGAACUCAUUGCUGCCGAUCGCUAUUCCCUCUUUUUGGUAUGCGAAGACAGUUCCAACGAGAAGUUUCUCAUAAGCAGGCUCUUUGAUGUUGCCGAAGGUUCCACCUUAGAAGAAGCUUCAAACAACUGCAUCCGUCUGGAAUGGAACAAAGGGAUAGUGGGCCAUGUGGCAGCUUUGGGCCAGCCUUUGAAUAUCAAGAAUGCCUAUGAGGAUCCCCGAUUUAAUGCAGAAGUUGACCAAAUCACAGGCUAUAAGACACAGAGCAUCCUUUGUAUGCCAAUAAAGAACCAUAGAGAAGAGGUGGUUGGUGUGGCACAAGCAAUCAAUAAGAAGUCUGGUGGUGGAGGAACAUUCACUGAGCAAGAUGAGAAGGAUUUUGCUGCUUACCUGGCAUUUUGUGGAAUUGUUCUUCACAAUGCUCAGCUGUAUGAGACAUCCCUGCUGGAAAACAGACGCAACCAGGUUCUCCUUGAUCUUGCCAGUUUAAUAUUUGAAGAGCAGCAGUCUUUGGAAGUAAUUCUGAAGAAAAUAGCUGCCACAAUAAUCUCCUUCAUGCAGGUGCAAAAGUGCACCAUUUUCAUAGUGGAUGAAGACUGUUCUGAUUCAUUUUCCAGUGUCUUUCACAUGGAAUCUGAGGAAUUAGAAAAUUCGAGUGAGACCCACAAAAGCAGAGACUAUGAUACAAACCAAAUUAAUUAUAUGUAUGCUCAAUACGUGAAGAAUACCAUGGAGCCUCUUAACAUUCCAGAUAUUCGCCAAGACAAAAGAUUUCCUUGGACAAAUGAAAAUGCAGAUAGUAAAAACCAGAAUAUAGAAAGUUUGCUGUGCACACCAAUUAAAAACGGAAAGAAGAAUAAAGUGAUAGGAAUCUGUCAACUUGCAAAUAAGAUGGAAGAAAAUUCAGGCCAAAUAAAGGCUUUCAACAGAAAUGAUGAACAGUUUCUGGAAGCUUUUGUCAUCUUCUGCGGCUUGGGUAUCCAGAAUACACAGAUGUAUGAAGCUGUGGAAAGAGCCAUGGCAAAGCAGAUGGUGACAUUAGAGGUCCUUUCUUAUCAUGCUUCAGCUGCUGAAGAAGAAACAAGGGAACUUCAGGCAACAGCGGCUGCUGUUGUACCAUCUGCACAUUCCCUCAAGCUCACCGACUUUUACUUCAGUGACUUUGAGCUGUCAGAUAUGGAAACCUCCCUGUGCACAAUUCGGAUGUUCACUGAUCUUAACCUUGUGCAAAAUUUCCAAAUGAAACACGAGGUCCUUUGCAGAUGGAUUUUAAGUGUGAGGAAAAAUUAUAGGAAAAAUGUUGCCUAUCACAAUUGGAGGCAUGCUUUUAACACAGCCCAAUGCAUGUUUGCUGCUUUGAAGUCAGGAAAAAUUCAGAACAAGCUUACGGACAUUGAGGUACUUUCUUUGCUGAUCGCAGCAUUGAGCCAUGACCUGGACCACAGAGGUGUGAACAAUUCUUACAUACAGAGAAGUGAACACCCCCUUGCUCAGCUGUAUUGCCAUUCGAUCAUGGAACAUCACCAUUUUGAUCAGUGCCUGAUGAUCCUGAACACCCCGGGGAACCAGAUUCUUAGUGGCCUUUCCAUUGAAGAAUACAAGGCUACUGUGAAAAUGAUCAAGGAAGCUAUUCUUGCCACGGAUCUUGCACUGUACAUUAAGAGAAGAGGGGAGUUUUUUGACCUUCUGAGAAAGAAACAGUUUAACCUGGAAGAUCCUUAUCAAAAGGAGUUAUUUCUGGCAAUGCUGAUGACUGUAUGUGAUUUGUCAGCAAUAACAAAGCCGUGGCCUGUUCAGCAACGGAUAGCUGAACUUGUAGCUGCGGAAUUCUUUGACCAAGGAGAUAAGGAGAGAAAAGAACUCAACAUAGAACCAACAGAUUUAAUGAACCGAGAGAAGAAAAACAAAAUCCCCAGCAUGCAAGUUGGAUUCAUUGAUGCCAUCUGCUUACAGCUCUAUGAGGCACUGAUGCAUGUGUCCGAAGCCUGCUAUCCUUUGCUGGAGGGCUGCAGAAAGAACAGGCAGAAAUGGCAAGCUUUAGCCGAACAGCAAGAAAAUAACCUGAUCAAUGGGGAAAGCAAUCAGCCCAAGCGGAACUGAGAAAGCACUUCAUUAGGAAGUGCUGGUUUACAAAGAAGAUAUUUAUAUAUAGUAAUUUGGAGAUACUUAAUGUUUUGCUAGACACUGUACGAAAUAGGUGUAUAAUUUGCCACUGCUGUAUUUUAAAGAACAAAGAUAUAUAUUUUUGCACCGCAUUCAGAAGUGUAACAUGAACGUUUUUUGUGUAUGAUGUAUCAUAGUUGUAUAUUUCCAAUAUUUCAUUUAUAUGAGGGAGAACAGAUCUGCAGUUAGCAGGUCUAGUUUUUUCCUGCUCAACUUUAUAGGAUGACACAGAAGAGGAGAGUUUCUAGGAUUGCUUUGGGAGUCUGUUGGUUCUGAGUUGUACAUAGUUUUUGCGUUUCAGUCAAUGGCCAGUACUUUAGAAGAUUACCAUAUUUAGCACCUUUUUCAUUCUUUAUGUUGUCUGUUUUCAUAAGUGUAAAUAAUGACAGUGUAGGUUGCCCAUGGAAGCCUGAAAAACAUGGAGGAACUUUCUGGUCACCGGUCACCACAGGAGCCGCUGAAUCCAAUAUCGCUUAUUCCAAAGGAAGCCAGUGUUUUCAGGGAAAACCAUAUUGCACCCCAGAUGGCUGAAACACAGUAUCUUGAGAGAAUAUAUUGCAUCUGUGCCUUUUCCUGUUAUGAGAGUGCUUCAUCUAAAUGAACUUGAGCUGUUACUUACUCUGCAGUCUAGGGUCUCUGGGGAAGAUCUAUAGAUGGAACUUCCCAGAGAUUCUUAGAACAUCUUAAAGCAUUGUAGCUCAAAUGCAGGUGACUGAAGAAGAAAAUCUCAAAGUUGAGAGCAAUGUGGAAUGGAAACAGAGGGAAGAAAGACUGCGCAAUUAUUGGGGGCACUUUUAAUGAGAUGGAAUCAACCCUUAGCAGACAAGUUUCAAUGUCAUCCUGCCGAAUGAAAUACUGGAAUGGAGAAGCAUGUGAGGUUGGUAGUGAUGUGAGUGAAGAAAACCAGGCUUGCUACAGAACAUGAGAAUUGUUCUGGAUAUUGUAAACUAAAUCGAAUUAAAGAGAUCAGAGCUAAGAAAUAGCCAAGACUACUUAAAAACAACUGCUCAUGAUUGCAAAGAGUUUUUAUGAGUGAAUGUUGGAAAGAAUAAUACUUUCUGGUUUUCCGUAAGACCACUUGACUUGGAACAAGCAUAACCACAGCGUCUUAAAGCGGAAAGCACAAAUGGAAACAGCUGAGAACACUUCAAGGAAUUAUGAUUUACAAAGAUAACCUUAAAUAAGUCAAAGAAUAUUAGUUCUAGAAAAGACACAGACAAAACAUAUCUUGAAAUACCAUCUCACUGCCUGCAACCAAUAACGUUAGCAUGUCAAAAACAAGAUUUUGACUGGAACCAUUUCUUUGCAGAUUCAACUUUGGCUGUAGCCAGAUGUUUAUAAAGAUGAUUUUCCCAUGUGUAAUAGUUCUUAGGACAAACCAGCAGCAGCGAUGAGCACAUCUAUCCAAUAUUUUGCAUUGAUUUUUGCUCAGUAUCUAAAAAGUUUCAUUUUGCGGAGGGGGCUGCUACUAUCGUUCUGCAAGCAAAGCUUCCUGCCAAAGGAUCCAGAGGAACAUCCUCAAACAUCCUAAAUGCUUAGGAGCUGGUUUUGCCUCCAUUAUGGAAUAACUAACCUGUGUAAUAUUUGACUGCAGUCUGAAAAUGCAGCUCUAAAACCACUUCCAUCUGUCCCAUGAAAGUUAAAGGGACUAUCAGACCUCACCAUUGGGGCUGUCGAAAGAGGUCAAGAAGUUUGACAAUGGAAACAUGCUUCCCUGUCAUUAGAUUAUUGCCACUUCUAUUUUUAUAAUCUGGGAGUUGUUCUUUAGUAAUGUGGUAUUCAUGGUAGUUGGACAUGGAGCACAUGUAUACGCUCACACAGGUACAGUAAUGUACACAUACCAAAGAUCAAACAUUUGUUCAAUAAAAGUAUUAUCUGGCCAACUUCCUUAACUUUUCCAUAUCCAAGGACAGGCCACUCUAAUUGUUCAGAAAAAUCACUUGGUCCAAUCCUUCACCAUGGAAUAUAUUAUAUAUAUAUUCAUGUGUGUAGACAGCUGCCAUUUUAGGAGAGAGAGCAGGCCAAAAACUUUCUCCUUGACAUGCUAGCUUUCCCAUGUGCAGGUUGCUAUGCAUUUUACAGAGCAAUCCAACUGCCAGAAAGCCAGCAGGGGAGGCGACAGAGGAGAAGGAGCCAACAGAAAGCUCUGCUGGAUCCUUCUGCUCCGGAGCCUCUGGCUCAAAUGAAUGUGGGCUCCAUCAGGAGAUGUGCGCACAAGCCAGCCAGGAAGCACCAGCUCCAGCAAACAGGCCUCCCUGUAGGCCUGAAUGGGAUUUCUUUUUGGCCAGCGGUGUUUCAAGGUGGAUUGGGACCUGGAGGAGGGUUCUGAACAUGAGAAGGAUCUCACAUAAGUCCCCCCCUGCAGCUCCACUCCCACCACGCCUCUGGAACGCCCCAUUAUUGGAUCUUCUGCUGGUCUUCCAUCUGCUGGGCUGGCCAUCCUCACUUGAGCCCCAGCAGUGCCAGCAGGCUCCUGGUGGAGCCACAUCUCCACCAUAGUGGAGGGCUGCUGCUGGCAGAGGCUGGCACAGAUGGGAGCAUCCAACUCCCUUUCCUUACUUUCCUUACGGAAAGGUGAGUUGGAUUGUGCCCUAACUGUUGGCGUGUGCGUGUAUAGAUCAUACAAGGAUGGAAUCCAAGAGUCGCAUAGAACAGGAAUAAGCCAGGCCAGGCAAGUUUCUUGUAAGAGUCUUUACUAGGCAAAGACAUUAGACACAGUUCUCUUCACAGACGAUUUUCCCCCCACACUGAGUUUUUCCAAGCAUCCCACCUUAUCAGGCUUCCCAGCCAGCUGCUGACCUUGGCAAACUGGCGCUCUGUUCUUACAGCUUAACCCUUCUGCUUCAGGUUUCACUCUCUCUGCUAAAAACCCUGUCUGUGAGUCUCACAGCAUGCUUCACUGACCAACAGCCCCCACCUGAGACUCACAGAUUACAAAACUUCAUGUUACAAUUAUUACAUUUCUACAACAUUACCUUUUCAUUACAAUACAUAUCAGUUUGUUUCCUUACAGUUUCUAUUUACAUUUUCAGUUCAGUUCUUGUUUCUUUAUUUCUUUAUUCACACAGGUUUCACAGAGUUAUUUUUGUUCACUUUUAUUUGAUAACACAUUUAUAUUUCAUUCCUCAACACAAAACUUCCACAUGAGAUCCAUUGUUUCUUUGUCUAUUGGUCCUUCUUUUUCCCAUUCUACUGGAUAUUCAUCUGUCUCAUUAUUCUGUUGUGUAACAUUAAAUGUGAAUCUCUGAGGUGGUUGACCUUUCGUUUUUCUUUCUGAUCUCCUAACAUUAUCUAUUUCCAUUUCUUCCUCACUCUCAAUUUUACUUGGACCUGCACCUGUUCCUGCACUUGUACUUGUACUUGGCACUUCUGUAUCUUGCAUUGCCAUGUCUUCACUUCUCAGCCUUUUUACAGUACGUUUGCCACCGUGUAUUAGAUCAGUCAAUGCAGUUUUUAAUGGAAUUUGCUGCCCAAAAGGAACAUCUGCUGCUUCCUGCUUGCUUGCACUAUCUAGGAUAACUGUUUGACUGUCUCUCCAAGGUUUAUCUAUCACCUUUAUGCUUCUGCUUAACACUAAUUGUUGUUUCUCAGGCAACCAAACUCUAUAGUAUGAAUUCUGAAAUCCCAAAACGCGUCCUGCCUGAGCUCUUGAGCCUAAUUUACCAUGCCUUUUCUGUUUUGCAACAUGUACCCAGCAUUUUGCCCCAAAACGCUCUAUGUGUUUCACCCUGGGCUUUCUUCCAGUCAACUUCUCAUAGGGAGACAUGCCUAUUGUUCUGUGCAUAAGACGGUUCUGAAUAUAAACAGUGUACAGAAUACAUUCACCCCAAUAAGUGUUAUUCAUAUUUGCAUCUGCUAGCAUGGCUCUCAUUGAAUCCUGCAAUGACCGGUUCCUCCUCUCUGCAGUUCCGUUGGAGGAUGGGCUGAAGGGAGCAGUGAGACUCUGUAUUAUUCCCUUCUUUUCCAAAUAUGUUUUAAAUGAAUUACUGGUAAAUUCCCCACCUUGAUCUGAUUUGAUAUUCUUGAUAACAACCCCAUAUUGUGUCUCUGUCCUCUGUAUAAAUGCCUUUAAUUUCUCUUCUGCUUCACUUUUCUUUUUCAAUAAGAACACAUGUGUAAAUCUGGAGAAAUCAUCCACAAUCACUAAAUAAAACCUUGCUCCACCUUUUGAGCACUGGAAAGGUCCAGCCAAAUCCACAUGUAUGAGCUGAUAGGGUUCAGUGGUUGUGCUUUCACAGCUCUUAUUUACCGGAGUCACAGUCAUUUUUGUUUUAUAGCAUACCUCACACUCAUCCACAUGCUCACAAUGUGUUAAUUUCAAAUCUUGACUAUGCUUUGGGGUGUUUUUUACCUUUUCGAAAUGUGCGUGUGCUAAUUUUCUGUGCCAUUCAUGUAAACAAUUAUCAUGUUUAUUUUUAUUAACUCCUAUCCAGGCACACAUGGGUUUAUCAAGAGUGCACUCAACCAUAAACAUUUGGUUCUGUAAUUUCCCUUGCAUGCAUAUUUCACCAUCCUUUCUCACAAAACAUCUAUCCCCUUCAAAUGUAAUUUUACAACCUAUUUGAGCCAAUUUUCUCACUGAUAGAAUGUUAUAUUUUAAACCAGAAACCAAUAACACAUCUGUUAAUAUAGUUCCCAAAUUACCCAACCUGAGCGUGCCUUUUGCAAUCGCGUCCUGAGUCGAUCCGUCAGCCAGAUAAAGCUUCUCCUGCGCCGGCUUUGAAGUGUAAAAUAAACUAGAGUCUGUGAUUAGGCAAUUAGACGCUCCGCUGUCAAGGAGCCACUUAGAGUUAAUGAGUUUAUUGUCCUCCUUAGUAACAAAGUUCACGCUUGUUCUCUGACUUCCAAAGUCCCUGUUAUUUCUCUUCUUUAAACAAUGUCUCUGUAUAUGUCCACGGGACCCACAAAAGUAACAUAUUUUAUUCUCUUGCCUGUUUCUUUGAUUUUGUUGUUGUUGUUCAGCCACAGUCUCUUUUAACUCUGUUUUCUUAUUCUCUUGUCUUCUAUUCCACUCUUGUUGAAGUUUCUGUUCUACAAAGUCCAAAUUCAGGUUGCCGUCUGGUAAAGUUUCCAGACUAGAGACCAGGACAUCCCAUUUUUGAUCAAAUGAAGAUAACAGUAUAUAGACCAUCUGAAUGUCACUAUGAUGCACUCCUCUAUCUUGCAGCUCAGCAUUUAAUCUACGAAAUUCAGCCAGAUGCUCUGUCAUAGUCACUUCAUCUGUAAAACGCAUAUGAUAAAGUUUCCGUGCUAAACACAGCCUGCUCCCUGCAGUUUGCUGCACAUGAGCGGCUCUUAGCUUCUCCCACAUCUGAUUAGCUGUCGGCUCAUUACUCACCAGCAACAGUUGAGAAUCAGACAGCCCCAGAGUAAUAAAAGCCUUCGCUUUCUCGUCUUUCUUCAACCACGCUGCUGAAGGAGCUGCCGGAGGGGGGUUUUCUACGACAUCAUUCAAAUCUUCUUUAAUCAGAACUGCUCUCAUUCUCCAUUUCCAGCUGGAGUAGUUUACUGCAUUCAGUCUCUCCUUCGGCAUCCCGGAUGACAGGUUUACAGCCAUGUUGUCCACUCUUACUUGCCUCUUUCUUGCACUUUGUUUCUCUCUGCAACAACAUCACGUCAACGCUCUCGAACCCGCUACCUUGUAUGAUAAGCUGGGCCCAUAACCCCUGUUGGCGUGUGCGUGUAUAGAUCAUACAAGGAUGGAAUCCAAGAGUCGCAUAGAACAGGAAUAAGCCAGGCCAGGCAAGUUUCUUGUAAGAGUCUUUACUAGGCAAAGACAUUAGACACAGUUCUCUUCACAGACGAUUUUCCCCCCACACUGAGUUUUUCCAAGCAUCCCACCUUAUCAGGCUUCCCAGCCAGCUGCUGACCUUGGCAAACUGGCGCUCUGUUCUUCCAGCUUAACCCUUCUGCUUCAGGUUUCACUCUCUCUGCUAAAAACCCUGUCUGUGAGUCUCACAGCAUGCUUCACUGACCAACACUAACAUGGGACUGCAUUCAAAUAUUCAUUCUAGCAUACUCCAGAAAGGACUGUAUCAUGUGCGAUUUCUGUACAUUUGGAUUAUCUGUAAAGCAGAUUCAAAUAUUCCACCAAACAAUUGCCAUUUAAGGCAGAAAUCUUAGGAUCUGAAGUAUCAACAAGGCAGACUCAACAUCACUUGUUCAACAUUUGUGCCAUUAUCCCCAGAGGAUCAGUAAUUUGAAAUAUUUUGACCACUAUAUAUACUGUAGCUUGUGAAUUUAAGGAACUGAUGUCUGCAUUCAACCUGCUGUCCCCAAGACUAGAUCCUCCACACAUCAUCCUGGAGUUCAACCUGCUUUGCCAGUGCACUUCAAGUGCAGGACAUGCAAUCGAUGUACACUGUUCCAAAGCAUCUGCACUGUUGUUAGCUCUAGAUCACUAAAGCCAAGCAUAAUAUGCUUUGCAGCUCUGGAGAAGGACAUCACAGAUGCAACCAAUAUGGUAGAGAUCUUACCAAUGAAUGUAUCAUCAUGUGUGUCAGUAAGCUGACUAAAAAAACUUUGUGUGGUAUUGUGUAAAAUGUAUGUAUGUAUGGGUGUGGAUGUCUCCUACAGCAGUGGUUUGAUGUGUAAACCAAAAGUGAUAAGAGCACAACUGCGCAAUCAAAAUAUCACCACAGUGGGCCCACCAAUAUCACAAUUAUGCCAGCACAUUCAUCAAUAUAUAUGAUUUCCAUAUGAAUGGACUGUUAGUAGCUAACCUGAAUUCAACUGACGAUCAUGUCACACAUACAGAAAAAAACAUAGCUUUAGUAGGCUAGAUGACCAUGGGUGUCUAGACAAACAAUAGAUUUGUUACUGGUGAGGCUUUGAAUCUGAAUUCACUUGCAGGCUAGAGUUAAUUAUUCCAGCUUGACUAUGUGUAGCCAUGUGCAAUGAAAGAACAACAAAAUGUUGAUUUAAGGGUUGGUGGUCAAGGCAUGCCUUUCUGCAAAUUAAGGUCAAUGAGAGUGUUGCAGGAGUUAUUGGAUGCAACAUUUUAAAGUUAGUCCAGCAAAAAGCUCCAUCCUGCUUUGUCUCUGUAACCCCUGAACAAUUACAUUCCCUGUAUUUUCCAUGCAGCCACCUGCCCCCCCAAUAAAAAGAAUAAUAAGAAACCACACAAUCGAUUUUUUAGUAACUGCCUGUGUACUGCUGAUGAUAAAUCAAUAUAAUCUCAUCAGUCUCCGUGCCCUGAAGCACUCUGAAGCUAAGCAGGUUACCCCCAUGCUGCUGGCAAAUCAGUGUGGAGGGAUGACAGCUGAAUGGCAAUGUACGCUUCUCCAGAGUGGAGCAUUUUGAUACUGCCUGAUACCUCAGUUGCCAUGGGAGUUUGGAAGGGUGAGGGCAUGCUUUUAUAGUCCAGUUUAACUACUCUGGAAUGUGCAGUCCUCUGAGAUGGAUCUCUCUUUUGCUCUAAAAGUGACUAGCUCAAGGAAUUCCAUAUACUAGAACAUGUGAAAUUCAUUUACAAUGCAAUCCUAUACAUGUGUUCUCAGAAGUAAACCUCAUUGAGUUCAAUAGGACUUACUCCCAGGAAACUGUAUGGGAUUGGAUUCUUAGUGGGUGGGCCUCAACACAUUUUAACACUUUGUUCAUGUAGUCAUAGGGUGGGUAAAAGUAACAUAGUGGAUAGUUUUCAUAUCUACAACAGCUGUUCAUGGACACAUUCCCACAAUAUUAAUAUAAACAUGGUUUUUAUUCUCAUGACUAUCAAUAUGGAUUGGGUACCACAUUGCUGUUUAAAUACUGUAUUGUUCUGAAGAGUGGCAAGAUCUCUUUAAUUAUGCUUUGAGUUACCUGGUUCUAUGUUCAACAGCAUUGUAAAAGCUUUGUAGGGUAACAAAUUCCAAUUAAGUUAGUUUGUAAGUGUUCAUUAGAGUUAUGGAAGACAUUUUAUAUGUAGCCACAGAUCAUGCAGAAUGGAGUUUUUGAACACUUAGAAGUCCAAUUUUAUGGAUCUUAAAUCUAAUUCAGGUUGUGUCAAUGAUUUAGGGAGAAUUUUACCCCCAGGAUGCCAGUUCUACAACCUGUGAAGAGAAACUAAAGUAAUCUAAUUAGAUGUUAGCUCAAAAGUAUAGAAUGCUGCAGAACUGUUUAUUGCAGGCCUCUCUUUGACAUGACUUGCAAAGAAAGCAGGAAUCACACAUUUGAAAAUGUGUUAUGUUCAUAAAUAGGGGAAAGUUUACUUUUUAAAGUACCUUUGAAUUAAGGCAAAUUUUGUACUUGUCCUAUUAGUUUCUGUUGACUGUGAGGACAGAUCAGGGGACACUGAUUGUACAUGUGGAUUUAUGGGGUUUAGAUGUGCAGCAAGAGUGCAUCUUACACUGAAAUAAGCAAUAAAUGUGGAUGAUACCAAAGACCCUACCAAAGGUUAAGGCAGGUUUUAAAGAGACACUAGAGCUUCAGUGUGAAGGCAACAAUUUGAUUGUGGGUAUUAACUUCCAAAAGAGUAGUGCCCUCAAAAUGAUGGGCUUUCAAGGGAAACCCACCAUACUACAGUGCAUAGUCCCCAUGCAUACAAACCACUUGAUUUCUCAGGAGUUGACAACACUUGAUAAGUCGCAGCUGAAUGUGUGAAUUGCCUUCAUUCAAAAAGCUGGAGUGAUUUAAAAACCAAAAUUCUGUGGUGUUUGUCUUUACACUUGCAAAUAAGAAUUUUGAUGUGAAUGCACCUAAUUUGUACAUCCGAAACCAACAAUCUAAGCAAAUUUAGCUGUCCUAUUACAUUUAAACUUCUCUGAAUUUUGUGAUGUACCUCUGCAAGCAAAAGCUACAUACAAAAAAAAGUGUAUUUUAUGGAAAGCUGUGCUCAAAAAAGCAGAUAUUUGCAUGAGAAUAAUCUACCAAGCUGCAUUUUAUAUUUUAGAAAAUUGCUUGCAAUAUGUCAGGUAAAAUUAUGUGCAAAAUUUGUAUAUUAGGAGAAAUGUGUAUAAAUGCUACAAAAGACAGAUGAGCUGAAUUUAAGAUUGGAAAAAAUGAGAAACUGAGAGAAAGUGAACUUGACAGAUUCAUCCAACGAUGCCUCCAUGCAAGCCACCAUUUGAUCUUGCAGUGGUCUAAUGAUGGCCAUGCUUGUGUAGAAAAUGCCAUAAAAAUAAGAGUCAUGAUUUUGCUGCCGUUUCCAGGGUAUAUGCUUUAAGUUAGAGCUAUUGAGGCUUGUAACACUGAGAGAUACCAUCAGAAUUAGUAUUUUGAUACUUGACAAAAUGUGAACUGUGUAAUGCAGAAUUUUGUCAACGGGAAGUUGAUGUAAAAACUUGCUUUCCUUAAAAGGGGGUCUAUUUCAGAUGACUCCUAUGAGCACGAUGUGUAGAAAAGUUCUUUUAGUAAGCAAUUCAGUUAAAUAGGAAGCUUCAACAAACUGAAUACAAUUAACUCUUUUGUUUGUUGUUGUACAGUUUGUUACAUCUUCUCUUUGUAGGUAAGGCAUUACAAUCCCAGUUGCAAACUCUAGACCAAUCCUUGACUGCAGUAAAAUUCAGCCAACUUUUUGAUAUAGUCAGUCAGCCCUUUUUAUUCCAGUGGGAUUGCUAAGGUGUAACUGAAGUUAGAAUUUGACUUCUCUGUAGAUACACAGGACACAGGCAUGUACUAAAUGUGUCCGGUAGUGAAUACAUUGUACAUAGUUUGAAAUAUUUUACUUUUAUCGUUUAAUUCUAUAGAACUUCUUAACACAUUGCCACUUGCCACUUGGUGUGUUGAUAAUCUUCUGCCUUUCUGAAACAUUUGAACAAAUAUAUAUAUAGUUUUUGAGCACAGUAUUUUUGUAUUAGGCCAAGUCAUGGAUUAUGUAUUUGGUGUUCCAUUUCAAAGUCAUAUUUAACUCUGGAGCGGUCCUGACUGCUUUGUUCUCUGCCAUUCUAAAGUUUAUUUAAACCAGUUAAGAGACUUAGCCUUUCCCCCCCAAAAAAUGUAUUAUACAAUCUGGGAGAAAAAAAUAUGCGGCUAAGUAAUUUACUCUUAAACUGCUACUCAAUUAACUUCUGUUUGCUUUUUAUUGUACCAUUUCCCAUACUUUCUACAAUAAAUGCAA